CCGCACCACCACCACCGCAACCACCGCUGGAAAAAAGCCACCUAGUGUAUAAACCUACAGCGCUGGGUGAGUGGUACAUUCAAACCGAGCCUGAGCUGCGUGGACAUUAUUCACUUUUUCACGACUGAGGGAAACGCAACGCCGGAGAAGGGGGAAUUAAAGAAGAAGAAGACGAAACAUUCAAAACAACUGACAGUCUUGGGUUUUAUGUUUCCACAAGAGUCUGCAAGAUGUCCACGAAGGCAGAGCAGUUUGCCUCUAAGAUACGAUACUUGCAAGAGUAUCACAACCGUGUGCAACACAAUAUUUACCCUGUGCCCUCGGGAACAGACAUUGCAAACACACUGAAAUACUUUUCCCAAACCCUGCUCAGCAUUCUGUCCCGCACAGGCAGGAAGGAGAACCAGGAAGCUUCCAAUUUGGCCGUGCCCAUGACCAUGUGUCUUUUUCCUGUGCCAUUCCCACUCACCCCAUCUCUAAGACCACAAGUCAGUUCCAUCAACCCUACAGUUACUCGCUCCCUCCUUUACAGCGUUCUGCGCGAUGCCCCAUCAGACCGCGGGGGGCAGGGGCAGCAGAGUCGGGACGCGCAGCUCUCAGAGUACCCCUCUCUGGACUAUCAGGGCCUCUAUGUGACCCUCGUGACCCUGCUUGACCUGGUGCCCCUGCUGCAGCACGGUCAGCAUGAUCUGGGACAGUCCAUAUUUUAUACAACAACUUGCCUCCUGCCCUUUCUCAGUGAUGAUAUUCUCAGCACUCUGCCCUAUACAAUGAUCUCCACUUUAGCCACUUUCCCCCCUUUCCUGCACAAAGACAUCAUCGAGUACCUGAGCACAUCUUUCCUUCCUAUGGCGAUAUUGGGCUCCACUAGAAGAGAUGGUGGUGUUCCAGCUUAUGUGAAUUUUUCUGCCUCCUCCAUGCUAAUGAUUGCAAUGCAGUACACAUCAAAUCCAGUAUAUCACUGUCAAUUGCUGGAGUGUCUGAUGAAGCACAAACAGGAAGUGUGGAAGGACCUUCUUUAUGUCAUAUCAUAUGGACCAUCCCAAGUAAAACCCCCCGCUGUGCAAAUGCUAUUUCAUUACUGGCCCAACCUGAAGCCUCCAGGAGCCAUCAGUGAAUACAGAGGGCUGCAGUACACUGCCUGGAAUCCCAUCCACUGUCAACAUAUCGAAUGCCACAAUGCAAUCAAUAAACCUGCUGUCAAGAUGUGUAUAGAUCCUACUUUAUCUGUUGCCCUGGGAGACAAGCCCCCCCCUCUUUAUAUAUGUGAGGAGUGCAGCCAGAGGAUAGCAGGAGACCAUGCUGAAUGGCUUGUAGAUGUACUCCUUCCUCAAGCAGAGAUAUCAGCCAUUUGUCAGAAGAAGAACUGUAGCUCUCAUGUUAGGAGGGCUGUGGUCACCUGCUUCUCAGCUGGCUGCUGUGGGCGCCAUGGCAACCGGCCUGUCCGCUACUGCAAGCGUUGCCAUGUCAACCACCACAGCAGCGAGGUGGGGGCUGCGGCGGAGACCCAUCUGUACCAGACCUCGCCCCCUCCUAUCAACACGCGGGAGUGCGGUGCGGAGGAGCUGGUUUGCACUGUGGAAGCUGUUAUAAGUCUUCUCAAAGAGGCAGAAAUUCACGCCGAACAGCGAGAGUUUGAGAUGAACAAGCGUCGUCAGAUGGGCUUGUCCACCUCCCACCAUUCUCUGGACAACAUCGAGUUUGACAACAAGGAGGACGACCAGCACGACCAGCGACUCCUCAGUCAGUUUGGCAUCUGGUUCCUGGUAAGCCUGUGUACCCCCAAUGAGAACACGCCUACGGAGAGUCUGGCCCGGCUUGUCAGCAUGGUCUUUCAGUGGUUUCACUCCACUGCCUAUAUGAUGGAUGAUGAGGUUGGGAGCCUGGUGGAAAAGCUAAAGCCCCAAUUUGUCACCAAGUGGCUAAAGACGGUGUGCGAAGUGCGCUUCGAUGUCAUGGUCAUGUGUCUGCUGCCCAAACCUGCUGAAUUUGCCAGGGUAGGAGGCUACUGGGACAAGUCAUGUAGCACGGUGACCCAGUUGAAAGAGGGCCUGAACCGCAUCCUGUGUCUGAUACCUUACAAUGUCAUCAGCCAGCCACUAUGGGAGUGCUUUAUGCCGGAGUGGCUGGAGGCCAUCCGCACCGAGGUGCCUGACCACCAGCUCAAAGAGUUUAGAGAAGUGCUCAGCAAAAUGUUUGAUAUUGAGCUGUGCCCUCUGCCUUUCUCCAUGGAGGAGAUGUUUGGCUUCAUCAGCUGCAGAUUUUCUGGCUACCCAGCGUCUGUGCAAGAGCAGGCUUUGCUGUGGCUGCAUGUGUUGUCAGAGCUGGACAUCGUGGUGCCGCUUCAGCUUCUGAUCGGGAUGUUCUCCGAUGGCGUGAACUCUUUGAAGGAGCUGGCCAAUCAGAGGAAGGCUCAUACCUCAGAUCUAACUGGCAACACGGGGGCUCGCAGGGUGAGUGUGGUGUCGGAUCCAGGACGCCGCGGGCAGCACAACACCCUCAGCCCGUUCCCCAGUCCCUUCAGGAGCCCGUUCCGCAGCCCCCUGCGCUGCAGCCCCUUUAAAAACUUGGGUCACGCCACCGGCCACUGUGCCCUGGAUCUGGACUGCGAUGAUGACGACAUGAACCUCGGCUGCUUCAUCCUCAUGUUUGACCUCAUUCUGAAGCAGAUGGAGCUCCAGGACGACGGUGUGAUGCUUGGUCUAGACAGCGGCCUGGGAAAGGAUAUUGUCGGCAUUAUCAACAAUGUCUUUCAGGCCCCGUGGGGGGGCUCACACACCUGCCAGAAGGACGAGAAAGCCCUGGAGUGCAGCCUGUGCCAGUCCAGCAUCCUGUGCUACCAGCUUGCCUGUGAGCUCCUGGAGAGGCUGACCCCCCAGGAAGAGAUACGCCUGGUGGAACCCACUGAUAGUUUGGAGGAAACUUUGCUUCUGCCUCAGUCAAACUUCUCCAUCGGGACCGAAAAUGAAAGUGAGGAAGGGGACAACCCAAGUGACGCGCACAUUGACAACACGACUGUCAACUCUCCUGAUGAUGCACCCAUGAAGAACAACUCUGAUAAGAAAUUCUCCUACCACCAGCUCCCCGUGUCGCUGAAGCUGAUAUACACCAUCUUGCAGGAAAUGUCCAAGUUUGAAGAGCCUGACAUCUUGUUCAACAUGCUGAACUGUCUGAAGACCCUGUGUCUCCACGGAGAGUGUUUGUACCUCGCCUGCAAGGAUCACCAUCAGUUUUUGGCGUACAUCCAGGAAAAGAUGCUCAUUCCUUGUCUUUGGUCCAUGCUGAAGUCGGAGUUUUGCCAGUUGGCCUCUCUGGCCGUGCCUCUGCUCCUGCAUGCCCUCUCCCUGUCUCAUGGCGCUGACAUCUUCUGGAACCACAUCAACUCAAAUUUUAACAGCAAAGACUGGAAGAUACGCUUCGAAGCAGUUGAGAAGGUGGCUGUGCUGUGUCGGUUCCUGGACAUUGGCGCGGUGACGAAAAACCACUUGCUGAAAUAUUCCCUGGCUCACGCUUUCUGCUGCUUCCUGGCGUCUGUGGAGGACGUCAACCCGGCCGUGGCCACCCGGGCGAGGCUGCUCCUGGACACCAUAAAGAGGCCAGCCCUGCAGGGCCUGUGUCUGUGCCUGGACUUCCAGUUCGACACCGUUGUGAGGGAUCGACCGAUCAUUCUCAGCAAACUCCUGCUGCUGCACUUCCUGAAGAAAGACGUCCCUGCUCUUAGCUGGGAGUUUUUUGUCAACCGCUUUGAAACCUUGUCCCUGGAGGCCCAGCUGCACCUGGACUGCAACAAGGAGUUCCCCUUCCCCACAACCAUCACAGCCGUACGAACCAACGUAGCCAACCUGAGCGACGCGGCGAUGUGGAAGAUACGACGCGCCCGGUUUGCCAGAAAUCAGCAGAAGAGCGUGCGUUCGCUGCGUGACAGCGUGAGGGGAGGCCCUGCUGAGUUUAAACGGGCCUUUUCAUUCCCCGAGUCAGUGAGCAACCGAAUUCCUCUAAGGCUUACGAGACAAGAGCAGUCUGCCCCGACACUGGGAGAUAUGAUAGACAGAGUCCUGCCAGCACGCUUCCACCCUCACUUUAACCCUGACGCUUCAGGCUCUCUCGUAGGCCAGACCCCGUCUCCCGAGGACGACUCCAUCAUCAAAGACCUGCUUCCCGAGGACGCCGGCAUCGACCACCAGACCGUCCACCAGCUGAUUAUGGUGCUCAUGAAAUUCAUGGCCAAAGACAAGAGCAGCGCCGAGGCUGACCUCGGCAGUGCCAAGGCUUUCAAUACCGUGAAGCGGCACUUGUACGUGCUGCUGGGCUAUGACCAACAGGAAGGCUGCUUCAUGAUUGCACCUCAGAAGAUGCGCACCUCCACCUGCUUCAACGCCUUCAUUGCUGGAAUUGCACAGGUGAUGGACUAUAACAUCGGUUUAGGAAAGCAGCUGCUCCCUCUGGUGGUCCAGGUGUUGAAGUACUGCACAUGCCCCCAGCUCAGACACUAUUUCCAGCAGCCACCUCGGUGCUCUCUCUGGGCGCUAAAACCACACAUCAGACAGAUGUGGCUCAAGGCUUUGCUAGUUAUCCUGUAUAAGUACCCGUACCGUGACAUGGACGGCAGCAAAGUGGUCCUCCAUUUAAUCCACAUCACGAUCAACACGCUCAACGCCCAGUAUCACAGCUGUCGCCCCCACGCCACAGCCGGACCCCUCUACAGCGACAACUCCAACAUGAGCCGCUACAGUGAGAAGGAAAAAGAAGAGGACAGUGUUUUCGAUGAGUCGGACGUCCAUGACACACCGACUGGCGCUGCUAACAAGGAGUCCCAGACCUUCUUUGCUCGCUUAAAGAGGAUCGGCGGCAGCAAGUCUGUGAAGUACCAGCCAGUGGAGCUAAAUGCCAAAAAAAGUGAAAUUGAGCUGUCAGAGUACCGUGAAGCCAGUGCCCUUCAAGACAGCAUACUGCACUGUGUUCGAGAGGAGAGCACCAGGAAGAAGCGGCUGCAGGCCAUGCACAAGCAGAAGUCUCUGGACAUCUCCAACACAGACUCCAUCCUCUUCAACCUGGAUGAGCACAGACGCAAGUCAUGCAUUGACCGCUGCGACAUGCAGGUGCCUCCCGUGGUCCUGCCGCCAUCGUCGGCCGCGUCCCACAGCAGGCGUCAUGGCAAAGGAUCUUCAGACGGCUCCUCAGUGCGCGUGGAAGCCAAUGAUCCCAUAGACCGACGAGGCUCUCGGGGUGGCCACUCUGACAUCUUGAAACCUGUCAUCCCCGAGGUGCGCCUCAGCUGCAUGGAGACCUUUGAGGACAAGUUGGACCAGAGCUCGUCAGUGGGAUCAGCUCAGGGUAAAGAAGACCAAGACCUCAUUGACCUCUCUUCUGACUGCACUUCGAUUCCAGAGAAACACUCGCUGCUCUCCAUGUCUGACAGUGACUCCUUGGUGUUUGAACCAUUACCUCCUUUGAGGAUUGUCGAGAGCGAUGAAGAAUUUGACCUAAACACUAUCCUAAGCUCCAAGUUCAAUGGGAGUCCAAAGAUCUCUGCUUCCCCUGCGAGCAGUCACACCCUACAAUUGUCUCCAAUGGUUCAGGUGAGUGUGGAGGACUGCUCCAGUGACAGAAAGACCACAGAGAGAAGCUCAGUUCAAACACCUUUGGAAAGAAAGCCAACCACCGUGACUCCCAGCGCCUCUUUGGAUCUUCCUGACCGACUGGAAUACGUCUGCCAUGAAAGCCCCAUGACCCUGAAGCAGAAAAGAGACCUGCUGAGGAAGACCCCACAUGUCCCGGACACCUCAGUGGAUGAAACAUCUGUGGCCCCCGAAGAGGUGAAGAUCGGGAUGGGACCCGGGACCAGUCCGUCUGGGAGGACCGUCUUCUUGGACAUCCCAGAGGACAAGGCAGAGCCUCUUUCCUCGCCAGAGAAAAGCAAGAGUAACAACAGCAACGACGAAGAGGAGUACGGCGACGACGAAGAGGACGACGACAUGGGCGACGACGCGGACAGCGACCCCAAAGGCGACAACGCAGAUGACAACGACGAGGCCGAGUUCAAGAUACAGAUUGUUCCCCGACAACGGAAGCAGAGGAAGAUAGCCGUCAGCGCCAUCCAGAGGGAAUACCUGGACAUCACCUUCAACAUGUUCGACAAGCUCGGUGGUGAGCAGAACACAGAAACCGAUCACAAAGUUCUGUCAACAUUGGAAAAGCCACGAGAGUCUGCCUCAGCCCCAACGCUCGAAGCUGCUAUUCCUGAAACAAGCCACCGCUCUUCAGUGUCAACUCAGUACCGCCAGGUGAAGCGAGGCUCUCUGGGAGCGCUGACCAUGAGCCAGCUCAUGAAGAGACAGCUGGAGCAUCAGUCCAGCGCACCGCACAACAUCUGCACCUGGGAAACAGGUCCAACAAAAACCAGUCUGCUCUCUGCCCCCAGCACAGUGAGCAUGUUCGUUCCUGCACCUGAAGAGUUCAUCGACGAGCAGCCCACUACGAUGUCGGACAGGUGUCGAGACUGUGCGGCCGUGCUGGAGGAGUAUGACGAGGAGACUCUUGGCCUCGCCGUGGUCGUUCUGUCCAUGUUCGUCCACCUCAGCCCUGACUUGGCCGCUCCGAUGCUCCUCGACAUCAUGCAGUCUGUGGGCAGGUUGGUGUCCAGUGCCAAUUUCUCUGGACAAGCUGAGAGCAUGUUGAUCCCAGGGAAUGUAGCAGGUGUAGCCAAGCAGUUCCUGCGCUGCAUGUUCCACCAGCUGGCCCCCAAUGGCAUCUUGCCCCAACUCUUCCAGAGCAACAUCAAAGAUGGAAGUUUCCUGAGAACACUCGCAUCUUCCCUGAUCGAUUUCAAUGAGCUGAGCUCGGUCGCUGCCCUCAACAUGCUGCUCGAGGGUUUGAACAACAAGAAGAGUCUGCCAGCAGGGGGCACAAUGCUUCACUGCCUUGACAACAUUGCCACCUUCAUGGAGGCUCUCCCCAUGGACUCCCCGAGCAACCUGUGGACAACCAUUUGCAACCAGUUCCAGACCUUCCUCACAAAACUACCCUCUGUGCUGCCUCUGAAGUGCCCCAUGGAUUCCAGUUUGAGGAUUAUCAUUUGUCUGCUGAAAAUCCCGACCACAAAUGCAACCCGGAGUCUGCUGGAGCCCUUCUCCAAGUUGCUGAGUUUUGUCAUUCAGUAUGGCACGUUCAGCCUCUCCUACCUCGUAGAACUAUGUGGCCUGUGUUACAAAGCCUUCAACAAGGAGAGAGAUAAGUUCUACAUGUCCCGCAUUGUGGUGUUAGAGCUUCUGCAAGCUCUCAAGUUCAAGUCUCCUCUGCCUGACACAAACUUGCUACUGCUGGUCCAGUUUGUUUGUGCAGAUAUUGGUACACGGCUCGCGGAAUCAACCAUCAUCCAAAAGCACAUGAUCUCGACGCUGCAGGGGUGCACAACUGCAGCAAUGGAAUGCAUGAGGCAAUACAUAAGCGAGCUCCUGGACUUCAUUGCAGACAUGCACACGCUAACCAAACUUAAAAGCCAUAUGAAGGCUUGCUGUCAGCCGCUGCAUGAAGACACUUUUGGGGGGAACCUGAAAGUGGGUUUGGCACAAGUCGCCGCCAUGGAGAUCAGUAAAGGGAACCACCGCGAUAACAAAGCUGUGGUGCGUUAUCUUCCCUGGCUUUAUCACCCACCGUCCACCAUGCAACAAGGGCCAAAAGAAUUCAUCGAGUGCGUGUCCCACAUCCGUCAGCUUUCCUGGCUACUGCUGGGCUCCCUGACACACUGUGCCCUGCACCAGGGCUCCACCUCCUGCAUGCCCAUCCCUCUCGAUGCUGGCUCCCACAUUGCAGAUCAUCUCAUUGUUAUACUCAUUGGUUUUCCAGAACAGUCAAAGACGUCCGUGUUGCACAUGUGCUCUUUGUUCCACGCCUUCAUGUUCGCCCAGCUGUGGACCAUUUACUGCGAGCAGGCAGCUGCUGCGCCGUCACUGCAGAACCAGAACCAGACAGAGUUUUCCUCCAGCGCCAUCCUCACCGGUCUAGAGUUCUGGAGUCGGGUUACACCGAGCAUCCUGCAGCUCAUGGCGCACAAUAAAGUGAUGGUGGAGAUGGUGUGUCUUCACGUCAUCAGUCUGAUGGAAGCCCUGCAGGAGUGCAACUCAACCAUAUUUGUCAAGUUAAUUCCUAUGUGGCUGCCCAUGAUUCAGUCAAACCUUAAGCAUUUGUCAGCGGGGCUGCAGUUGCGUCUCCAGGCCAUCCAGAACAGGGUAAACCACCAGUGUCUCCAGGGUCAAGCAUCCGGAGCUCCUCCGUUCGCUCUCCGCAAAUGGCUGCAGUGCACCCAGUUCAAGAUGGCUCAGGUGGAGAUCCAGUCGUCGGAGGCCGCCUCGCAGUUCUACCCCAUGUGAUCGUGCGGCUCUCUCAACCGCGUAUCUGCUCUGGCUGAAAGUUCCGCCCCAGAAGGAGAAGAAGGGAAGAAAAAAAAAGGACUCUUACAUAAACUGAUGCUGUGUGGGAUUCAAAUGGACUGAAUCAUUCUGCACCUUUUUAGUAUAAUAUCUCUAUAUGUACAGCAAAUCUAUGCUAUUGUAAAGAACUAGCGCUGGAGCUGAUGAUGAAAGGUGUGGUAGGCUUGUGUUUGAUAAAUGUAUCAGGUGCCUAUAACCGAGUCCGUCAAUGACCACGAGAAUUUCUAUAGACCCACGUCCGUAAUAGUGAGAGCGUGAAAGCAAAUGACUGUGUUUGAGCGCUGUAACUUUUUAAACGACUCGGCUGCAAACAGGAUAAUAAAAGUAUGAGUUUUCUUUUUCUAAA